UUAGUAAAGGUGAAGUGGAAUGUCUGAUCAAGCUCUUCGAUGUGCUGGUGACCGAGUCCAGCAGCCGCUUUGCUGCAAUCGGCUUUGACCGUAACAUUUUCAGAGACACUCUGCACACCGCGUUUGGCAUGACAGAUGACGUGAUCUUGGACAGAGUGUUCCGCACUUUUGACAAAAACAAGGAUAGCCGCAUCAGUGUGGUGGAAUGGGUGGAAGGCUUAGCAGUAUUUCUGCGGGGGACACUGGAAGAAAGGCUUAAAUACUGUUUUGAGGUUUACGACCUAAAUGGUGAUGGAUACAUUUCAAGAGAGGAAAUGUUUCAACUGCUGAAGAACAGCCUUCUCCACCAACCAUCAGAAGAAGAUACAGAUGAGGGAAUUAAGGAUCUGGUAGAGAUAGCACUGAAGAAAAUGGACUAUGAUCAUGAUGGCAAGCUUUCUUUUACGGACUUUGAAAAAGCAGUCAGAGAUGAAAAUCUUCUUCUAGAAGCCUUUGGACCGUGUUUGCCAGACAUAAAGAGCAUUAUGGCAUUUGAACAGAAAGCGUUCCAGGAAAUUCAGAAACUGUAA